CACUGGUGUAGAACGAACGUGUUAUAGGACUAUAAACACUUUAUAAAUUACGUAUACGUAAUUUUCGCCGCGAGUGCCAAAGUGGUGAAUUGAAGCCAAAAACUUUUUUAUUUUUGGACUGAGGAAGCAUAUUAAAAAUGAACUCAGGCUGGUUAGCAUGGGAAUGCAUAGUGUUCGCAGUGUUCGUUUGCGCCUCGUCUUUUGCGCCCCUAUGGAGGAGGCGCAAGGACGCUAGCGCCCCCGGGGGCGCAAAACGAGCGUAUAUAUUCGCCGGCGGAGGGGUGUCAACUUUAUCGAUGAUAUUAUCAGUGUCACGAGGAACGCUUGGAGUUAGAUCAUUUUUAGGAUUCCCAUCGGAGCUGGUGUACUUCGGGUCGGCGAUGUGGGAGACGCUGUACGGCAUGGCGCUGGCCUUCCCGCUGGUCUGCUGGAUCUUCAUCCCCGUCUACUACCGGCUCCAUACCAACUCCGUGUAUGAGUAUUUACAGAUGCGUUUUGGCUCGCACGCGGUCAGGAUGAUGGCAGCGGCUACCUUCCUCAUCAGACAGAUCCUCAACUUAGCAGUCACCGUGUACACGCCCACAGUAGCACUGCACGCCGUCAUGGGCCUACCUCACUGGGCGUCUGCUGCUGCGCUGACCAUCGUUGUCAUUGUGUUCAACCUUCUCGGAGGAUUGGCUGCAGCUAUCAGAGCUGACGUCAUCCAAACUCUGACAAUGGUGUUGGUUUGUGGAGCAUUCAUAGUUCAAGCGACAAUCAAGUCAGGAGGACCACAACAGCUUUUGGAAGAUAACUUGGCAGGCGGAAGACUCAAGUUUUUCCAAUUCCACUGGGACCCAACAGUUCGUGUGGACACCAUGUCUGCCUUGUUCGGCCAACUUUUCAUGUCAGUUUCUAUCUAUGGAUGCCAGCAGACCUUCGUUCAACGUUACUGCUCUAUGUCCAGUGAAGCGAGGGUCCGAAGAACACUUCUAGCUAACGUACCAGCUGUGGCUAUCCUGUUUAGUCUAUCAUGGGUAGUUGGAAUGGCCCUAUAUGCUCUAUAUCAGCAUUGCGACCCUCUUCUCUCUGGGAAGAUUGCGGCCCCUGAUGAAGUUCUGGCGUUUUACGUGCAAGACCAGUUUGGGUUCCUCCCUGGAAUGCUUGGGUUGUUCUUGGGAAGUGUCUUCAAUGGUGCUUUAAGUUUCAUGGUUUCAAACGUGAACUCUCUGGCGACUGUGACAUGGGAGGACUUCGUCUCUGCUCUGCCCGUUUUCAAGGACAUCGGGGACAAGCAGCAACUCACCAUCAUCAAGAUCAUCGGGGUUAUUUAUGCUAUCGUAAUCAUGGGACUCUCUCUAUGCGUCGGUCUUGUUGGAGGCGUGGUAGAAAGUGCUCUUCUAGUGACGUCAGCGACUUCUGGGGCUCUUCUAGGAGUGUUCUUACUUGCUGCGCUGUUCCCUGUUGCGAACGGCAAAGGAGCGUUGGCUGGAAUGCUGGUGUCACAUUUCCUUACCACUUGGAUGGCUAUUGGAAGGAUCUUGUAUGUGAACAAGAAUAAGGCAAUGCUUCCGUUGUCUAUUGAUGGCUGUCCCAACGAGUCUCUGAGUGUGUUCAGUCCGAAACCUCUACCGGUGGGCAUGAACCAGACGGUCCUUCAACGGACUCCGGGCUUACUGCAAAACUUGACUGCUGCACCACAGACUGAAUCUAUUGUUACUUCGGCUCUCCAUGGCAUGUACUCCAUCUCCUACAUGUGGUACGCUGUCAUCGGCACUAUCUCUUGCAUAAUCGUCGGCAUAAUUAUUGGCUGGAUCACUAGCAGUGAAGCUGACGCGUUUGACGAACGUCUCCUCCAUCCUGUCGCUGCCAAAAUUGCACGCAAAUUACCAGGACGCAAGCGUACAUAUACAACUGAAAGGAAAGAGGCUCAGAAAGAAGGCAGUGAGAAAACAGAAGACACAGUCAUAGAAGACGUAAAAGAAAUAAGACAGUCAAUAGUAGAACAUAAUAAAGAAGAAAAACUACCAGUUGAGAAUAUAAAAGAAGAUAAACACUUCGUAGUUGAAGAUUUAAAUGAGAUAAAUCAGAUGAAAGAAGUUGCUAUUAGUCAAGCGACAUUGCCAGAGCGAACGAAAUUGUGAUAAGUUAGGUUAAUUUUCGAAUGGUUAUUUUUCGUAUCAGACCGUUUUGUAUCGACCGUUUUGUGUCAGAUUUUGUAUAAUAUUAUUUUUAGCGGUAGACUCUGUCGUUCUCGAAUUUCCUUAUUAGCUAUGGGAAAAAGUGCCACAUAGGCCAUGUAGAAAUAAUAUGGAAAAAAUGGAUGAGGCCUACGACUUUUGGCGAACAGAGUAUUUUAUGAGUAUAUUUUACUACCGAUCUGGUGGUACAGAGUUACAGGAAUAGGAUAUUAAAGAUUAUUAUAGAUUGAUUUGUUAGAGAAUUUGACUUUACGUUUGCAAAUAUGAGAUUAUGCUGAGCUCUCAAGAUACGCUUUUGACCGAUCUGGUAACGUUUUCUUAUAAUAUAUUAUUAGAAGUAUUUGUAUAUUUUAGUGUUUUGAAGAAAAAUCUGGUCUGAGCGAUGUGAAAGCGAGAGUCAUUGUGAAAAGUUGCAUGUUGUUGUCAAUUAUCAAACAGUUAAGUAUAAAAAAUAAAGUUUAUAACUCGUUAUUGUCAACGGUCUUGGCAAUAUUUGGCAAAGCCGAAAGCCGAAAAAAAGUAGGACGAUGCAAAAGUCGAUCAGAAAAAUAAGAAAUAAAAUGUAUUUAUUUUUUGUUAUUCUAGUCUCUUGACUUGAAACUUUAAUAUUAUAAGCGUUGUGAUAGUAGUGUAUACGUGUGUACAUAGCCAGUCACGUACCUAUAAUAUAGUUUUAUAAUAUAACUAGAAUGUAUUUAUGGAGAAAAAUCGCAAUUAGGUAAAACUAGACGUGAAACAAAUGAAUGCCUUAUUAUUAAAAAAAAAUAGUUAUUUUUAUUAGUUUAUGAUAUUAUGUUUGGCCUUUUUGUUUUCGCCACGAUUGUUUUCGUGUUCGUUAUUAUAUCUAGUAAGAUAGGAUAGAGUGGUUAAAUUAAUCAUUCGUUCCUACAAUUUAGUUAGGAAUUUGAUUACAAAUAUAGCUGUAAGCGUUCAAGUACUUAUUUUAUAAUAUUUUCUUUGUCCAAAGUCCCUUUUGGGCAAAUGUCUGCAGUGCGUCUAUUAUAAGAGUAGGCACCGAUAAAAAUAUUCAGGAUUGACGUCUUACCUUAUUUUUCUUAUCGUUUGGGUUGUGAGGCGGAAUAUCAGCCUCAUCAACCCUAGUGUGACUAACCCCCAAGGUAAAUUUUAAUUCCAAAACGCAUUGUAUCAUUUGAAAGAAUGGAACAGAAAUCGGAGUUUUCCAGAAGCUUAAAAGUCUAAAGUGGUGCAACAAUUGUUUUCAGAUUUUUUCCUGAUUUGGUUUCCGAAUUGAACAAGCUGAAUAUGCAUUUGACGUCCGAUAUCUUCUGUGCGGGAUUUUUAUUCGUUCAAAUUGACAUUUCAAAAUAUACAGUUCAGGAGUCGUGGUUAUAUGUCACAGAUAUUGAAUUGAACGUAAUAUAAAUUCGGAUUACAAAUUAUUACAGCAUUAUAUUAUCUCAGUGUGAAUUUGACCAAAACUCAUAAUAUUUCAUGAGUUUGUAUUAUGAAGAGUGUAGUUUUUAAAUGUAGAGUAUAGAAAAUAGAUAGGCAUAGAAAAUAAUUAUGAAAAAUAACGGAACUAUAAAAUGAAAUGAAAUAAAUUUUUUCGCUCUUGAGUGGUAUAAAAGAUAUUAAAUACUUAAUAUUAAUAUUGUGUUACACAAAAAAGUCAAUCACUCAACCAUAUAGUAUAUGAAUAUAUGAUAAUAAUAUAUUUCAUUUAAUAAUUAUUUUAUUUAAUAAUAUUGUUCUCUCUUUAUAUUUUUAUGUAAAAAUAAUAAAAGAGUAGAAAUAUAUUUUUCUCGCUUAUAAAACGAAUUGUAUAGCUUAUAUUGUGAGUGUAAAAAAUAAGUUUGUGAUGUCUCCAGUAUUAUAAUUUAAUAAUGGGGUGUAUAGCGUACGAGAAAACCGUAUGAUAUUUUGUAUAAAACUUAUAAUGUGAUAAACGAGGAAAAUAUAAAAUAAAUUGAAAUGUAAAAUA